AUGCUCGUGAUUCUAGCGAAGAAAUAUGGCUCAUUCGCAGGUGACGCACUGCGCCAUGCAGUGGCUAACCACCAGAGGGAAGUUCAGAAGCUUUUGCUGGAAAUGUGCGAGGAAAAGUAUUUGAGAGAACCUCGGAUGGCACGAUGCAUGACAAGUAUGCUGGAACAAGCUACAACUGAAGACGACCUAGAGGUUGGACUACGACUGUUUGUGAAGUGCGGCGAGGUCGGUGUUGGUCAUGCAUUAAGAGCUUGUUGGCUACGACGAGAUCGUGCAGCUUCUGAGCCGCAAAAAAGCUCGGUUGGCGUGAUUGUGAGGCCGGCAAUUGAGAAUUGGGAGAAGCUAUCGCGAAUCCUUGACCAAUUAACCGGAGGUUUGACUCGUACUCGUAUUCGUUUGUCGGUUAAGUAA